AUGGAGCGACCGACUACACCUCCUCGAAAUACCCCCUCUGUCUCAGCCCUUCCUGCACGAACUCCACUGACUCCAGAAGUCACUCGCAGAAUUGAGGAAAACAGAUUAAAAGCCAAAGCGCUGCGCGAACGUUCCCUCGCAGCGCAAGCAGCUGCCGAAACAAGCACAACAUCCCGCACUCCCGCCGGCUUCAUCGCAACCUCGGAUUCUGGUCGCAAACGCGCGCAUGCCUCCAUCUCGACGGCGAAUGUUCCUUCUACAAGCCGCGAUGCGCGCCAGCCUCCAACAAAGGAUGCUGGCAUUCAGCCGGCGCGCAACUUCAAGAAAUACGUUGAUCAUGAUUUCAGCAAGAUGACGGACACAAAGGGUGGUUUCUUAACGGCUGAAGACGAUCCAUUUAAUAAAGUGCUACAUGCACCAGGAAAAGAAGGCGAGAAGCCGGCACAUAUGACGCUGAAGGAAUGGGAGAGACAUCAAUUGCUCAAGGGUCUACGGAAUCGAAAAGAAGGACCGUUUGAGCCCAGCAUUAUGAUGGGAAAGGAGGGGCAGAAGUGCAGGGAGUGUGGAGGGAUGGAAAUUGAUUGGCAGUGGCUUGAUGUGUUCAAAACGAGUAUUUGUUCGAGGUGUAAAGAUAAGUUUCCGGAGAAGUAUAGUUUGCUUACGAAGACGGAGGCAAAGGACGAUUACCUCUUAACAGAUCCUGAGUUGAAAGAUGGGGAUUUAUUACCGCAUCUGAGCAAACCAAACCCGCACAAGAGUCAUUGGCAUGAUAUGAUGCUGUUUCUACGUUACCAAGUUGAAGAGUAUGCCUUCACAACCAAGUGGGGGUCAGCUGAAGCUCUGGAUGCCGAAUUUGAGAAGAGAGAGAUAGACAAAAAGCAGAGGAAGGAAGCGAAAUUUAAAAGCAAGCUGCAUGAGUUGAAGAAGAAGACCAGGACAGAUGCCUAUAGGAGGAAUCUUAAGAAUGGUGGGAAGGCCGGGCAGUUCGGGGAUGUGAUUGGGAGUGGGAAGCAUGAGCAUGAUUGGGGACAGACAGUAGAGAAUGCAGAUGGGAUGACGGUUAAGACUUGUGUCGACUGUGGGAUGGAAGUUGAAGAGUUGGAGUUUUAA